GAGGAAGAAGAAGAAGAAAAAGAAAACUACAACUAGCGCUGGAGGCAAACAGCUUCUAAAAUACACUAAGCUGACUCUAGAAAGUCCAUCUUCUUUAUUUUAUUUUGGGUUUUUUUAGUCUUCACGGAGAAGCUGACGUGGAAAAAACUGGUGUUUUUCAUUUUAGUUCAUAACAUCACAAUAAGCUGCUAUAGCGGCUAGCUAGCCAACUGCCAGCGUCUGAGCUAACCGCUCCGAUUCAAACGAACACCUCGCGUCCAUCGGGCCCGACAUGACGGGGGGGACAUCUCCAGAGAAGGAGGCGAGCGCCAAGAAGAAGAGCGAGAAGAAGUGGGCCAUUAAAGAGGAGUUCAGACAGCUGUCCGGCAUCAUGGGAGUCAUGAACAACCUGAGGAAACAGGGUACUCUCUGUGAUGUGACACUGGUGGUUCAGGGGAAACACUUUCCUGCCCACAGAGUAGUGUUGGCUGCCGCCAGCCACUUCUUCAGCCUCAUGUUCACCACCCGGAUGAUGGAGUCCAUGUCCCACGAGGUGGAGCUCAGGAGUGCAGAGGCGGAGAUCAUCGAGCUUUUGAUUGACUUUAUCUACACAGCUCGGAUUGUGGUGAACAGCAGUAACGUCCAGUCGUUGCUGGAUGCAGCCAACCAGUACCAGAUUGAGCCUGUGAAGAAGAUGUGUGUUGAAUUCCUCAAAGCACAAAUUGAUGCAACAAACUGCCUCGGUAUUUCCUCCCUGGCAGACUGCAUGGACUGCCCCGAGCUGAAGGCCGCCGCAGAGGACUUCUUCGAGCUCCACUUUACUGAAGUCUACAAACUGGAUGAGUUCCUGCAACUGAAUGUUUCACAGCUCACACACCUCCUCCACCACGACAAACUCACAGUCCGUGCUGAGGCCCAGAUAUAUGACGCAGCCGUUCGCUGGCUGAAGUAUGACGUGUGUAACAGGCAGCAGUACAUGGUGGAGGUGUUGGGGUGCGUUCGCUUUCCUCUGGUCUCCAAAACCUUCCUCUCUAAGACGGUGCAGGCCGAGCCCCUCAUCCAGGACAACCCACAGUGUCUCAAGAUGGUCAUCGGUGGGAUGCGCUACCACCUGCUGUCCCUGGAGGACCGGGAAGAUCUGGGUGAGAGCAGCCGGCCGCGGCGCAAGAAGCACGACUACCGCAUCGCUCUGUUCGGAGGCUCCCAGCCUCAGUCCUGCCGCUACUUUAACCCCAAGGACUCCACCUGGGCAGACAUCCGCUGCCCCUUCGAGAAGCGCCGGGACGCCACAGCCGUCUUCUGGGACAACGUAGUCUACAUCCUGGGGGGCUCACAGCUCUUCCCCAUCAAGCGCAUGGACUGCUACAACGUCCUGAAGGACAGCUGGUACUCCAAGCUGGGUCCUCCCACGCCUCGCGACAGCCUCGCUGCCUGCCCGGCCCAGGGCAAGAUCUACACCUCCGGCGGGUCAGAAGUGGGAAGCUCCGCCCUCAACCUUUUUGAAUGCUACGAUACGAGAACGGAGUCUUGGCAGGUGAAGACCAGCAUGCUCUUGGCUCGCUGCAGCCACGGCUCGGUGGAGGCCAACGGGCUCAUAUACGUCUGUGGCGGCACGGUGGGCAACAACGUGUCCGGCAGGGUCCUCAACAACUGUGAGGUCUACGACCCCAGCACUCAAAAGUGGAGGGAGUUGUCUGGUAUGAGGGAGCCCAGGAAGAACCAUGGGCUGGCGGUGGUCAACAACAGGAUCUACGCCGUUGGAGGACAGGGACCUUUGGGCGGACUUGACUCGGUGGAAUACUAUGACAUUGCCAGCAAUGAGUGGCGCGCCGCCGCCGCGAUGCCGUGGCGAGGCUUAACGGUGAAGUGUGCAGCGGUCGGCGAGGUCAUCUAUGUGCUGGCGGGGUUUCAGGGUGUGGGCCGGCUCGGACACGUCUUGGAGUACGACACUGAAACUGACAGGUGGGUGACUUGCAGCAAGGUGCGAGCGUUCCCCGUCACAAGCUGCUUGAUCUGUGUGGUCGACACGUGCGGAGUCAACGAAGACGAAGACAUGGAGCUCAUAGACUCUCAGUCGCACGCCCAAGCCACCCCCUCCGCGUCUCCCCCGGCCUCAUCGUCCUCGUAGGACGGCGGCUACUGUGUGAGACUGAGCUCCACUAGUAAAGUGAAUAUUCCCGUGUGCAUUCAUGCAGAAAACUGUUCCAAGUUAUUUUAUUGUUUUUAUUUUUUAGUGCCAGUGGGACUUUGUGCCACAACAGUAUGUUCAAUGGGACGAGGAGAAUUUUGAGAGGAUAAUUAAGUUGGAUACUAAAAAUUAGAAAACUGGAUAAGUGGGUACAGAUGCAAUGGUCCGUCCCAUUGCUUGGAAAUAAGUGUAGAUACACAGCAUUAUAAAUAGUUGAAACUUGUUUUGUGUACAUAUUUAAUUGGGUGAAACAUUGUUUUCUUAGCGUUGUGAUUAAAAGGGAAAACUAGCUGAAAUGUGAAAAAAAGUCUGUUGGAUGUAUAUUCUUUUAUUAUAGAAAAAUGUGUACGUCAAAGUACAAAAUUCAUGAGUAAGCAAGCAUCUGCGAUAACAGAAGAUUUCAUAAGUCGCUCAUUAAGAGGAUACAAGCUGCCGUACAACUUUUUCUUUUUGCAACAAAGCUGAUGAAGUACGACUCUGCAUUCACCUUGUAAAAUGUUGUGUUGACCUGACUGAAUACAAAUAGCGGCUAAAAAUGCAUAAAAUAUAGUGACAUUA